UACACACACACAUACACACACACACACUUCCUGAAACACAACGUUUUAAAACGUUUCUUUACUAAGGCUUCUAAAGGAAAACAUUAGUAACGCUAUAUGGAUUCGUAUGUAAUAUCCGUGUGCAUUUGUCUUAUCUCCGGUCCAGGGUGGACUGACAUCUGAUGUCCUUUGCUGACCUUCACACCUACACAUCAAGACCUGUAAUCUGCAUAUUAAUCAUGGACCAUCGAAAGGACAACAAAAAGGCAGAAGCCAGAGUGAAUGAGAAGAAAUGCUCGUGGGCGUCGUACAUGACCAACUCCCCCACUGUGAUAGUACUGAUCGGCCUUCCGGCAAGAGGAAAAACAUAUAUAUCGAAGAAACUGACCCGCUACCUCAAUUGGAUCGGGGUUCCGACAAAAGUUUUUAACCUGGGAGUUUAUAGACGUGAAGCAGUACAAUCAUACAAGUCGUACGACUUCUUCCGUCAUGACAAUGAAGAGGCAAUGAAAAUCAGGAAGCAGUGUGCAAUUGUGGCUCUGCAGGAUGUGUAUUCGUAUCUGAAUCAAGAAGGAGGGCAGAUCGCUGUUUUUGAUGCUACGAACACAACCAGGGAGAGAAGAAACCUCAUUCUGAAUUUUGCACAGGAGAAUUCAUAUAAGGUGUUUUUUGUCGAGUCACUAUGCGAUGACCCAGAAGUCAUUGCUGCCAACAUCUUGGAUGUGAAAGUGUCCAGCCCUGAUUAUCCUGAGAGAGGCCGAGAGAGCGUCAUGGAGGAUUUCCUCAAAAGAAUCGAGUGCUACAAAGUGACGUAUCAGCCGUUAGACCCCGAUGAACACGACAAGGAUCUGUCCUUCAUUCAGGUGAUCAAUGUUGGCCAGCGUUUCUUGGUGAACCGUGUACAGGAUUACAUCCAGAGUAAGAUCGUUUACUACCUCAUGAAUAUCCACGUCCAGAAGCAUUCGAUCUACCUCUGCCGCCACGGCGAGAGCCAACACAACGUCCAGGGCUGCAUCGGAGGAGACUCCGAGCUGUCCACCAGAGGAAAAGAGUUCUCUAAAGUACUGCGUGGGUUCCUGGAAAACCAGAAGAUCCCAGACCUCAAGGUGUGGACCAGUCAGCUCCGACGCACCAUCCAGACAGCGGAGGCACUGGGCGUCCCGUACGAGCAGUGGAAAAUACUCAACGAGAUUGAUGCUGGUAUUUGUGAGGAAAUGACAUAUGAAAAGAUCCAAGAAACAUAUCCGGUAGAAUAUUCACUCAGAGACCAGGACAAAUAUCAUUACAGAUAUCCAGGAGGAGAGUCAUAUCAGGAACUGGUGCAGCGGUUGGAGCCAGUAAUCAUGGAGUUAGAGAGACAGGGUAAUGUGUUGGUGGUUUGCCAUCAGGCCGUGAUGCGGUGUCUGCUUGCGUACUUCUUGGACAAGAGCGCUGAUGAUUUGCCUUAUCUGAAGUGCCCUCUUCAUGUGGUGUUAAAGCUGACCCCAGUGGCUUAUGGUUGUAAAGUUGAAAUGUUUGACCUGAAAGUAGAAGCUGUAAACACACAUCGGGACAGACCACUAGGAAACACCAAACAGGAAGUGCCGCCCACUCUUCUUAGAAGAAACAGCUUUACGCCACUGUCUAGUCAGGAUCAAGUCAAGCGACCUCGCCUAUUUAGCGUUGGCAACCCGCCCCGUUUACCAGCCGUUCCUGCUUUAUCUACCACACGAUUCCCUGACGCACAGGAAAGUGAGGAACUGAAUGAGAAUCAGGAAAUACUAAACUGCUUCCAACCUGGAGACUCGACAGACGCUGUCCAAGAGUGACAACAUAAACCACAAGUUGUGUGACGCCCGUCAGCGUAACUUGGAUAUUUUCCACUUGUAAACAACCUCAAAAGACCUGUUUUCUCCAAACAGACUCAACUGUUUGAUGCCUGGUGCAAACGAUCAGGAGUCUAAAGGCAGUUGCCGAGUUUGAAGACUCGUGUAGAACAUUAGAGUGAACGCAGUUUAAUGCAGCGCCCGCAUCGGUGAUCUGUCCAGUUCAACCAUCAUCCAUCCAUAAACAUUUGGAGGUAUAGUGAAAUCAAAGCAGCCAAAUGAGAGUUGAUGAGUCUAAAAAUGACUUUUAUUGAUUUAUUAACUCAACAAUAAAUGCAUAGAAUAUUAAUUCAUAAUAUUAAGCUGAUUGACGGCUUGUGGGACCAAUCAGAACAUAGUUUAGAGUCAAACAGAUUGAGUGGGUGCAGCUUGUGGGACCAGUUGUACCACAGAAUGGUGAUUUCGGGAAACCGACGAAGGUCGGUAAAAUUUGUUUUUUUUUGGUCAUUGGUCUUGUGGCAUUUUUUUAUCAUGAUGCCUUAGUAAUAUGAAUGCCCAUGCUGCCACUGGAUAUAGUCUAAAACAUUUUUGUUGCAAUUUUCGGUGUUAAUUGUCUGUGAUAUUAUUACCGUUGAACGAAUGUUCUGUGUUCAAUACAAGUUAAAGCUCAAUCAACAGCAAUCGUGGUUUAUUUUGAGUCAUCCCUCAUUCUGUAAACAUUAAAAUACUCAACUUUUUGUAAAAGUAUCGUCACAAGACAUAAACAAUAUGAGGGUUAACAUGAUUUUAGUGUGGUAAUAUCGCUUAACCUUUUCUCUGUACAGUUAAAAUUUUACAACUUUGUAGUCAUGAUGACGCAACACAUUAACCCCCCCUCCCUAAACUCUAUGGAGGGGCUAUAUUGCGAAAAACGUUUUCGCUUAAAACGUUAAAAGUCUCCGACUUACUCCGUAAGUCAGGCCUAUGAGGUAUCACUUGAAAGCUUAGAAUCUGAACUUUUCAAAGAUAACCAUCAAUCCUGCAUUAAUGUUACUUAAGAUAACAAAAUAAGGCUUUAAAACAUGUGUUGAGAAUUAGCGCCCCUUAGAGGUAAUGGGGUAGAAAUAUUUAUGUAAUAAUAAAAGUCUUCCACAGCAUAAAUGAAAGCUCUCGCUCUCAGGAAUGUGACUGUACGGUUCAUUUUGUUGCCCUAACAUACAUUUCAAAAGAAUGACAAAGUGAAAUAUGAUUUUUUUUUGGAAGUCAUCAAAUACAAACAUCUCUUUUAUGCUCCAAUAACUGCUGCUGUAAGCACCAAAUAGCUCAAAUCUGCUUUUACCUUAGGAACUUCUCUCAAAAAUGAGCCAUCGGUAACUUGUCGGUGAGGUUGCUUUGCUGAAUAAUCCAAUGUUAUAUCUUAGAUGUCCAAAACAAAAUAUUCCAUCCAGAAGGAAAAGCAUGCAAACAAAUCAUCAGAAAAAUAUGCUUUUGACUAUUGAUGAUGCAAUGUUUUACAUCAACGCAACAGGGUGGAUUUCAACUUUCUAAUGAGUCCUAGAUUCAGCUUUUAGUCCACACAGAGGCCGAGAUAUCCAAUGGAACAACGGGCGUUUCUCUGAAAAAUUUUACUAUUAUUUUUGCAAUUAGUCCACAGUAUGUGUGAAUGGUGAGCUUUUAAACUUAAGUGUGAACUAUUGCAGGCGGCAGCCCAAAAAUGCACCAGAGUUUAACCCCUUAAUCUCUCCAUUGACCAUAAAACGUCAAUUUAAACAACUUUACAGCUCAAAUAAUACAAACGUUUUAACAGAAGACUUAAUGCAAGUGCUUUUAUUAAAUGAUACAAUUUAAAAUUUCUGCAUUUUUAAACCCUCCAAAAAUCUGCCCCAUUCACUGUAAUCUCAAUUGUUUUCUUUUUUGAAAGAAAAAGCACAUUUUUGUUGUAAUCAACAUUAUGCCACAAAUGCUAUUCGACGGAGCUUAACUUGUAUUGAACCCGUAAUACAGCGGACUCAUUCUGCUUUACAACAGUUUGUGUUGUGAUGUUGUACAGCUUUGUAGAAAUAUUUUAUUCAAAUAUUAUAAAUGUUUUUUUAUAGUCUCAUGAUUUCAGAAGUCAUGUACCAAGGGUUUGUUUAAUUUAUGUUCUGCAUAUUUAUCUCUUAAACUUCCUAUAGUUCAGGAAAGGGUCAGGCUAGUGCUUCAAAUAGAAACGAGGAAUGCAUUAAUUGUUAAAAAAUAUGUCAAACUCUUGAUUGAAUCUGUGAUGAAUGUCUCAUCAUUAGACGAUAUUGUACUGCAUAUUAUUAUAGUCAUUUUUCUAUUCUCUCACCGAAGACAAGCUUCCGGAUGUGUCAGAAGAACAUUUAAAACUACUGAGAAUAUUCCCACUCAUAGUGUCGUAAUAUGUGUUUAUGUUUAUAUAAUAUAGAUGAUCUUUAGUGGAAAGCUUUAAGCUAUUUAAACACUGAAUGCGUUCGUUUUGCCUGGAACACUGGAACACUGGAAAAGAUGUCCUGAAAGGAGGAAUUCAAGAUUGUUUGACAUUUGCAUUUGUAAUUGUAGUCUUAGAAAGUCAACGCACAAAUGUUUUUAAAUUUAAGUAACAUGCCAAAUGUCCUUCUACCAUUCUAAUGUCUUAAAGUGAGUGCAUUGUGAUUCGUGAUAGUAUUAACACAAAUAAUAAUUAUGGUAGGUGACAUCGUUGGUAAGUUUCGGAUCAGUAAGUGCCUUUGCAUCGCAACCAAAGUCUUCAAUCAAAGCCUGACGCUUAAAUGCUCCAAUGCUUUGUGAGUUAGUGUGCAGAUUAUUCAAUUCUUGGACCUAUAAGGACCCUUGUAAUUUAUCCAAAGCAUUUAUUUUAAUGAAGUUAAGAAAGUUAAGAAAAGAGUUUUGUGUUCUGGAUCCAUUGGGUUUCAUUACCAGGACAUAAUGUAAUGUCAUGCUGUACACCAUUCAUUAAUAGGCUUUGUGAUGUAAUAAAGCAGCCUGUAAUGC